GGUGGGGAGCCGAGCGGCGCCGGGCUCCACCUUCCGCCACAGAGCGCAGGCUUGAAGAGAAGCGCGGGCCUGUCUCCUCUGCGGCUGGAGGAUGGAGCGCUCGGAGGCCUACUGCUUCUCGGCGGCCUUCAGCGGCGCCUUCCUGGCCUCCUGCCUGCUCUUCUCGGCCCUCAGCCGCCAGCAGCGCGCGCCCUACAUGGACGAGGCCUUCCACGUCGCCCAGGCCCGGGCCUACUGCGAGGGGCGCUUCCAGCAGUGGGACCCAAUGAUAACAACACUACCCGGUUUAUACCUGGUGUCAGUGGGAAUUGUGAAGCCUGCCGCAUGGCUCUUUGGGUGGUCUGGAAGCAUCGUCUGCUCAACAGGAAUGCUCAGAUUCAUCAAUCUUCUCUUCAGCAUUGGGAACUUCUACCUGUUAUAUUUGCUGUUUUGCAGGAUGCACCAUAAAAAGGCUGCCUCUGGCUUCCAAAGAAUCUUAUCGACUUUGACCUUAGCCAUUUUUCCAACUCUUUAUUUUUUUACAUUCCUUUAUUAUACUGAUACAGGUUCUACAUUUUUUACUCUUUUUGCAUACUUAAUGUGCCUGUACGGCAAUCACAAAACCUCUGCCCUGCUUGGAUUUUGUGGCUUCAUGUUUCGUCAGACAAACAUUGUAUGGACUGUGUUCUGUGCUGGAAGUCUUGUGGCACAAAAACUCAGCGAAGCCUGGAAGGCAGAACAAUCGAAAAGCAAAGACCAAAAGAACUUCGCCCCAAAGGGGUCCUUCAGAGAACUAAUGAUGGCCAUCAGGUUUCUCCUUGAAUACCUCACUUCAUUUAAAAACUUGAGCACACUUAUUCGUCUGACUUGGCCAUACAUCACGUUAGUGAUGGUGUUUUUUAUUUUUGUGGUCCUCAAUGGUGGCAUUGUGGUAGGUGACAGGAGUAGCCACGAAGCCUGUCUUCAUUUCCCCCAGAUCUUCUACUUUCUUUCUUUUACUCUCUUUUUUUCUUUUCCUCACUUGCUGAACCUGGGCAAAAUUGUGAAUUUUUGUCAUUCUGUGAAGACGCAUAUAUUGCAAUAUACCAUCCUCACCGUUGUCUCUUUGUUGUUUGUGUGGAAGUUUACAUUUGCCCAUAAAUAUCUGCUUGCAGAUAACAGACAUUACACAUUUUAUGUGUGGAGAAAAAUCUUUCAACGACACGAACUUGUGAAGUAUUUGUUAGUUCCAGUCUAUAUAUUUGCUGGCUGGAGUUUCACAGAUGCACUCAAGUCAAAAUCCAUCUUCUGGAAUUUAGUAUAUUUUGUAUGUUUAUUUGCAGCUACAGUUCCCCAGAAGCUGCUAGAAUUUCGUUAUUUCAUUUUGCCAUAUAUGAUAUUUAGACUGAACAUUCCUGUGCCAUCAACUUCGAAACUUUUCCUUGAGUUCAUCUUGUAUCUUUUGGUGAAUGCAGUGACAUUCCAUUUAUUUUUGAACAAACCAUUUCAGUGGCCAGAUAGUGAUGAAAUACAGAGAUUUAUGUGGUGAAGUUUUCAAGAAGACCAAAUUCUAGGACUUGCUUUACAAAAUUGGAGGCUGUAUACUUAGAAAACAAAAUAUCUCUGUGUGUCGGUGUUUUGUGUGUGAUUGGGAUCGAUUUAAUAAUCUGAUGCACUAUCUUUGCAAUUGAACUAUUUUUUUAUAAAUGUCACUUGCUGCGAAUCAGUAAACAUAACAUCAGGGAGAUUUCAUUCAUAUAUCCGAACCACUGUGAAUGAAGGGAUUUGUUUACAUUAUAAUAGUCAUUUUAAAUGUCUUACCUUGGAAACGUAUGCAAUGCAUCUCUACGUGUUUACCUGUAUGUAACACACAACUGGAAUCAGUAUAAAUAAGGCCAAGAGGUUUUGAUUUUCA